AUGGUUGUGACUAUCAAGGAGUAUGCGGACGCAGUGCCGUACCCUAGGUUCCCGAAAAGCGCGCUCUUGGACCUUUCGACGUCGUGUUCGUCGAUGGCGUCUUUGAGCACGCUGGAUGAGGAGGAUGCCUCCGGUAACGCAAACAGUCUGCGGUACAUCGAGGCAAUGAAGUUGUAUGUCAUGGACAAGGCCGCGUUCCUGCGACGGUUCAGUGUCGAUGAGGCACACAUUAUAACGAUGCUUAACAAGCAGGAGACGUUGCUCACCGCUGACGUGUCGACUCUGGGGGCCCGCAAGAGAGUCAAGAAGUUCUCUGACUACGAGGUUGUGUUGGAGUUGGGUCAAGGUGCGUACGGGCAAGUCAGUCUCGUACAGAACAAGUCCACGGAGGAGUUUCUCAUCCUCAAGAAGAUUUUCAAGGAGAGGAUACUGCUGGAUACGUGGGUCCGCGACAGGAAGUACGGUACUGUACCAUCAGAGAUACAUAUCCUGACGAAGUUGACGGAGCUGCCGCACGAUAAUGUCGUCUCGAUGAUCGAUUUCUUCGAGGAUGACGAUUUUUACUACGUAGAGAUGCCCAUACAUGGGCAGGGAGACGGGUGCAUCGAGUUGUUUGACUUCAUCGAUAUAAGGGACGAGGUCAGCGACUGGGAGUGCAAGCUGAUAAUCAAGCAAUUGGUCUCCGCGAUCAAGUACCUCCACGACAGAGACAUCGUGCACAGAGACAUCAAGGAUGAAAACAUUAUUAUGGACGCGAGGGGACACAUCCAGCUGAUCGACUUUGGGUCCGCUACAAACGCAGUGAGAGGACCCUUCAGGACUUUCUUGGGGACUAUCGACUACGAACCACCAGAGGUCGCUCGUGGUGAACCCUUUUUGGGGAAACCACAGGACAUAUGGGCACUCGGUAUUUUAUUGUACAUUCUCCGCUUUAAAGAACCGCCAUUUUUGGACCAGAAGGCAAUACUCACGGGGGAUUUGAAGUUCCCACAGGGGACAUCGGUCAACACCGACUGUAUUGACCUCAUCAAUGCGAUACUAAGUCCCCGGGUCGACGAAAGACCCACUAUCGAUGACAUCGUCGAACAUAAAUGGCUACAAUUUUAG